CACUACUACUACUGGUACAAGCAUACACUCUCCAUGUCGGACGUUAUCGACCGACUUGACGACUAUAAGUUUCUUUGUACAUUCGCGCCCUUUUCAUCAAGAUGGUGCAUCCCUUUCUCAGGUGGACAUCAUCCGGACGGUCGGACGGAUCAACAUCACCCCUUUGCUCACAUGAAUACAUACCCGACUCCGGGAGUGUUGGACUCGCUCGGAUGACGACGAGCAUCGCUAGCCUCGUGUCCUCACCAUCAACGUGGUCCGCAUGAGACCCUAUAGCAUCACUGGGCUCUCUCUUCCUUCAUCAUGUCUACAUUCACCCAGAUCGAUAUCCGUCAACCAUCAGGCAGCCCACUUUCCACACGAUGACCUCCAGUAUUCCUGUUCCUCCCUUGAAAUUAACUCCUCUACCUCCUCCCAAACCUAGUGAUCCUCGGGCCGCGGAGAUCCCGAUACUUGAACAACUCGUCGACUUCCAUCAUCCUCAUUUCAAGAUUCAACUCUCCGACGGUCAGUAUCCGUGGGAGGACAUUGAAACUUCCGGACGUCUUAUCACUAACAAUCCCGACUUCCCUCGUCGAUUCGUCCACUCUAAUCACUUGAUUGACGACAUCCUGCCGCCAACGCUUUCCCACACAUGUCAGCAGCUCGAGAAUGACCCUGAUGCCCGCGGCGAAGUAGCUUAUAACCUUGAAACCUUCGCAACUUCACUU